UGUUAACUGUGACAACUGGAAAUGGCAAGUGAAUAACCCCCAUAAUUUCAGCUGUCUUUCCAGCUUAAAUACUCUUCGUGCCAACCGUUGAAAUGAGAACUUUCUUCUUCUUCCGCAGUCCUUCUUUUAAAAGCUAGCCUGAUCUACUGUCUCAAUUCUCCCUUCGCCGCAGUUUUAGCAGUACCUACCAGUGUGCCCCAAAAAUGGAAGCUUUUAGCGCUAUCUCCUCAAUAUUCAAGUCAAUAUGGAAUAUUGAUGAAGAGGUGGAUGAAGAUGAACCCCAUCAAGAAUCAAGUCCACUAAACAGCUUACACAUGCCCCCGCUCCAAGAUGACGGAGGCGACAGUAACAACGAAGAGGAGUCAGAGGAUGAGGAAGGCCGUGACGAGAGAAAUAAUUUUGAUCCAUUCGAAAUCAUCGACAUGGCGUACGAAUAUCUAGAUGGUGAAGAAUAUUUGGAAGAAUCUUGCCUGAGGCUCAUCGUGGCUCUGGGUCAUGCUAUGAUACCCACUGCUCAAUCCAUAGUAACCACAGCUCGUGCAAUGAUUCCCACUUUUCCGGCCCUUGAUUUCUCUUUCUCGGAUUUAGAAAGUAUUGAUGACAAUGCCGACCCAGGCGAGGACCUUAGCUGGUCAAUCAUCGACUAGCGAUAGGAUCCAGGAACCGUCCUGAAUCAAAUCGGAAAAUAGAGCAGCAUGAAAGGGAAUUCA